UUUAGCUGUGUAGAACACUCUGUAAUUCAUCAUUCUCCUGCAGCUCUUUCAUUCUGAUGUAGAAUCACACGUGUCAUUAGAAUUGUUGAAGCAAAAGAAUAUAUUAAAAAGAAUUCAAUUUUUUUUUUCUAUACUGAUUGACAAUUUAGGGUCCUCUGUCAAGCAAAAGGAAUAAAUUCAUGGGUUGAAUUGAGGCCACGUGAAGAACAUCCAAUAUCUUCUUCAUGAUUACAGUACUCCAUAAAUGGGAUCCUUGCCAACCGUUGGAUGAAAUCGAGUGUGUUUAAAGGAAGCACGCAACACCUAUUUACGCCUAAUCAGUAACAGACAUUCAAUAAGGGUUUGUUAAUGGUACUGGAAUCCUGAUUAUCCCAUUUGUUGCUCUUCACGACAUUUUGCGCAGAACCGGACGAUGUGAGUAAAAUAAUUCGCAGGUUUUAGAGAGGAUGCUUGCUUCUAUGGAGCAAAGAAGGCAAUUCUAGUGUUUCUAGUGAUGACCUAGAGAGGUCUAUUCCUUGGAUCAUGUCGCAAGAAAGCACUGGAAUAAUUGCCGACAUAUACAGUGCCUGGAUUGUUUUGUAAGAAAACAUUGGAAAUAAUGGCUGACGACUACAAUCAUAAAUAUUUUUGUGAAUACUCUACUUGAAAGCCUUAUAAGUGAUCCCUUUCUAGCCUGGAUGGAGGAGAUACUCAUGUCUCCAGUUUUCAUCUCUCACAUUUGCAUGGGUAAAUGCAAAGAGAGUAUAAACCACAUUUUGUUGAUAGGGUAUUGUAGCCAUUGGUGAGGGUUAUGCACUUGGUUGAUGGGCACCAAAACUUAAUGGGAUACAUUUAUGAGGCCAUACAUAGAGCCAAAGAGGCCAUUCAAAGCUAUUAUAAGGGGAUGAAAGUAGAUUUGCCCCUAUGUGGGAGAUAAUUGAUUAAAGGUUAACUGUCAGUGUUUACUAUGCAGUGAUUCUAAAUGUGGUUACUGCUGGUACUAUUGGAGGAGUGACAUUGCGUUUGGCUGUAGACUGCUUUCCUACCAUCGACUGACUAGGCAGAGACAAAUGAGAGGCUAUGCCAGACUGGCAGUUGCAACUGCUUUUGUUAGAUGCCAGGUCAGCACACUAAAUAUAUGCUUAAUGCAUUCAGAAGGGGGGUUGUCUGUUUCUUGUCUAAUAUGGAUGUGGUGGUUUUCCCAUGCUUUGUCUUGUAGGUGUUGUGGACCUAGAUUUUCUUGCCUCUCUUUUAGGGAAACUGAGUUAUGUCAUGAAACUUAGCGAAAAUAUUGUGGGUAGUUUUACAAGAAAGAUGGAGGGAUGUUUGGAUUAUGAUAAAAAAGUGAAGUGUAAUAUUGUCCAGACAGUACAAAAAGGUUUCAAGAACUUACGCCUUUCGUUAUAAUGCUUUAUAAAAAUUUGAAGAUUUGUUUUUCAAUAAAUUGUCAUUUAUGAUGCUUCCUAGGUUUCCAUAGUAAUGUGAACUUUUUGCGGGGUAAAAUUGUAUCUUGUAUGGUGUUGAUGUUUGCUUUCUGAAGAAUAGCUGCAGUAGAAUUCAUGAGAAUCUCUAUUUUGUGCCUGUUAAAUACCUUCUACUUUUCUUCACAAGUUUUGAAGCCAUGUAUUUCCUGGUCAUUGUGAAUCAGUUAAGGAUAUUUUGGUACUUAGUCUUAUUAUUUUAGAUGGCUCAAAAGUUGAAAACAGUAAAUCUGCAAGAUGUAUAGCUCAGAUUGUAUAAAUAAUUUAGCUUUUCCAUAUAUUCUACAGUCUCAAGUGGGUGUUAAUAAGAACUAAAAGAGGAAGCUGCUUUGCAAAAAUGUGGAAUAGGGACCUAUGGCAGAGGAAAUGUUUAUUUCAAACGAAGAUGAUACUCCUAGUUUUCAAUAGAAAUGCAAACAUUUUGUAGGUUAAACUUGGAUUUUGUCUGAUAUUUGUGUUCUGUUAAUGUGAAGAAGAAUUGCAGAAGGCUUCAAGAAUCUCUGAUUAUUCACCUGUACACAACCAUAUAUGUUUUUGAUCUGUGAAGAUUCUAAAUUUAUCCGCAUGUUCUUAACCUCUAAAUUUAUCCACAUGUUCUUAACCUCUCAUUUCCCCGUCUUUGGCAGUUAGCUAAGGAUCUUCUAGUACUUAGGAUAAUGAUUCUUCAUUUUAGAUAACUCUGUAGUUGAAAUCAGUUAAUCUGAAAAUGCAAACAUUAUGGCCCAGAUUGUACAUGUAAUUUUGUGGUACCAUAAAUUCUACAGGGUCUCCAGUGAAUAAUGUUUAGAAAAUAUUCAUCAAUUGAUUUCAUUUUCCAAGUGCUUGGUGUUUACUUCAAAGGCAGAUUAAUCUCAAUUUCCACUCUAUAUCAGUCAGUACUCAUAGAGAAGGCGAUCUAUAGCUUUAUUGCAUAUAUGCAUGAUAGAAAAAUAUAUGUAGUUUGCAGAGUUUUAUAUGAAAUCUGAUGUUCUAAAACUAUGCUGGGUUAUGCAAUAGAAAUUUUGGAUUCAAUUGAUCUGGAUAAGUAGUUGUGAAAUUUUCCUGAAGAAGUCUUUAUCUUCUAUGUUAAAAAUUAUUUUGCGCUGUGUAAAAAAAAAUAGAAGAGACACAUGUUUUAAUUUUUAAACAAGGUCAAACUUCUAACACUAUAUUGCAAUUUAAAAACAAACAGAACAUCAUAGUGAAGGAGAUCAAAGUUCUGUUCUACUUGUUAAAAAAUACUUCAAUAUUGAGAGAUUUUCACUUAACAGGAAUUCCAAUUGUGUGUUUCUUUGGUUUCAAUCAAUUGUUUACCCAUUUCUGUUAAUGCUUACUGUUUCCUUUCUGCCGAUUAUGCUGUAUUUCCCUUAUGUCCCAUUUUCCAAAUCCAGCAGAGUGAAGCAAAUUUUUAUGGUUUGGGUAGGCAAAGUCAUAAUGUUUGAAGCAAUACAUACUGAUAUUGCUCUUUUCAAUCUUUUUCCUUCCUUUCCACUGUAAAUUUAUAGAGCACAGUGAUUUUGAGAGUAUCUUGCUGUGUUCUAGUAAUCGUUGAUAUUUUACUACCAUCUAUUUGAUAUAAUCAUUGAUAAUGCUCACCAUCUGUGAUACAAUCCAAUGGCGAUUCAUUCUGAACAACAUCAUGAAAAAUUAUUAUUUGUGGAAUACAUUUUAAAAUAUCAUGACAAGAGGCCUAAAGUACAAUGUAAACAUUCAAGUAACAUAAAUGAUUCGACAUAUUUGAAAUGCAAUUUUCAGCACAUGAAGUGAGAAGCAAUACUUCUCUUUUUUUCUAGGCUCCUUUAUGAUUGUAGGCUACAUCAGCAUGAGUUUAUAUGGUUUUUUUCAUAACUACCUGUCUGUCUCUAGAAUGUAUGCAAGGAGAAUAUGCUUCCUAGACUUCAGAAAUGUUAUGAGUUGUGGUCUUUACUAAUGCCUGAGAAUUUCAUUGAUUAGUACUAUUAGUCUAGCUUUAAGUGAGAUUAUUUUAACUUACAUGGUUGAUGCCAAUUGUAACGUCAGAUAGCAGUCUUCAAAGUUCAUAAUAAAUUGUGCACCUGCAAAAGAUUAACUUUUUUGAGAGAAAACAGCCCCUAGUUUUGAUUUUUUAACUGUACAGUAAUUUCUUGGGAUACAUAUAAACCAGCUCUCACAUUUGCUUCAAAUUUGAGCUUCAAUUUGUGACAAACAGUGUGUUGUGGUCAACUGUAGGUUUUCUACGCAAAAAUGUUUAACUAUCAGUACAAAGCAUUAAAUCUUAGACAUACCAUCAGGGUGUCUUGGUCAAUCUGAUUCAGAAGGAAUCUAACUACUGUUCUCCCAGCACACUAUGGAUUCAGAUAAGAUGCCUCCAAUUCAGCAGGGCAGAAGUAAUCUGGAUUUUAUAACAUUUGAUUAUAAGCCAUCAAUUUGCAAUGUAGCCCAUGUUGAUGUUAUGGCAUCAAUGGAAACAGGCUUGUCAAACAAUUUCCAGGGCUCAUCGGGAUUGAUGCGUUAUCAUUCUGCACCAAGUUCAUAUUUCUCAAGUCUAGAAGAAGAGGAAAACAAUAAUAUCAUAUCACAGUAUUUCUCUAAUGAUUCUUCCCUUCCAUCGCAAUCUAAUUUAAAAACAAUGCAGCAACGUCAAUCUAGUGUAUCAACCUCUCCUCUUGGGGAGAACGAGCCAGCAAAGCAAUGUGGAGAAUGCAAUGAAUAUUUGAAAGAGAGUACACAUCAGCUUCCUUCCCUUAAGAGAAGUGCAGGACAUGAUGUUAAGGAGAAUUUGGGCAAGCAUCAUCAUCUUGUUGCAAUCCUUGAGAAUGUACCUGAUGUAUCCCAUGAUAGUUUUGGCACCUCUCAGAUGUCAUUGAUGAGCCAAGCUCAAAAUUCUCAUCCAGUUGGACAGCAGAUAAGCACAUACCAAACAAACUCAGUUUCCUGUGAGCCACUGGGAGGAAUGACUAAUGCAUCCUCCUCAUUAGCCAAGAGUACACUUGUUCGACAUAGUAGCUCACCAGUGGGACUACUACCGAGAAUAGUUUCUGAGGCCCAAGGUUCCUUUGAAAGUGGUUAUCCAGAUCAAAAAAUCACUAGAACCAUAGGUUUAGAAAGCUCAUGUGGGUAUAUCUUCCCUCCAAACAGGUUUCAAAGUAAAUUCAGUUGUUUGCGGCAGAAUAGUUCACCUCCUGGGCUGUUAUCCCAUCUUUGCAUGGCUGUAGGUGUACCUGAAACUGGUGGCAGUCUGAACAUGCCUAUGAUUGGCUCUUCCACUGACAAUCAAGCAGGGAGCAAUUCUGAUGAUGGUAGUUUAGUCAGUGGGAAUGCACGACAAGGAUAUGUUGCAAAUUUUUCAGUUGGGUCAUGGGAUAAUGCAAUAAUGCAAUCUGAAAAACAUGCUGGCAAGCAAAGUUAUUCAAGUUUUGCUGCAAGAAAGCAUUUGAAAGAAUUGGAUGGGAAAAGAAUACUACAUGGUCUGCAAAGCACAGAUGCCCAGAAAGUAGAGACAGAAAAUUGGGAUGCAUCUGCAUUAAUCAAUCACCCAGGGAAUUUGCCAAGAUCUACAUCUGCUGAACUUGCAAUGGAAGAACUACUUCAGGAUUCUGUUCCCUGCAAGGUUCGUGCAAAGCGAGGUUGUGCAACACACCCACGAAGCAUUGCAGAGAGAGUGCGAAGAACACGAAUCAGUGAACGGAUGAGGAAAUUGCAGGAACUUGUGCCAAACAGUGACAAGCAAACUACAAAUAUUGCUGACAUGUUAGAUGAGGCCGCUGAAUAUGUGAAGGCCCUUCAGAAACAGGUUCAGGAGCUUAUGGAAAAGCAAGCCAAGUGCACAUGCAUACAUAGACCAGAUUGUACAUUCAAAACAUAAUUCUUUUGUAAAUACACAGUCUUUAUCUCUCAAACAAAAUAUUUGUAAUUUUGUUUUCGAUACUGUUUUUGGCAUAUGACAUUUUCCUUUGGAGUUUGUCAGUCUCUGGAGUCCAUUGGGAAUAUCAGAUGCAUUAAGCACAUUCUUGGGCAAGUACUGCACAGUUUUUAAUUUUUGAAAUAUAACCUCAUUUCUACAGCAGAGUUAUUGAGGUGUUGCCUGGUUACACACUGUUCUGAUCUGACUUUUGAGCUUAUCAGGGAUGUACGAGGCUGCACCGUGCAUGGCUUCUCUACAUCCUUUGUUGCAAAAAGUAUUUGACAAUCAAAUCAUUUGGAAAAAGAGGCCGCAUCCUUGAAUUUGGUUCUAUUUAGCUCACUAUUUUUGAAGGCAAGAAAGAGUUCACAUGAUUCUCUGGGAGAAACUGAUGGUGCAUGUGCUUUGAAUUUGUCAAAUUGCUGGUGUACAUUAGCUUUCUGUAACCAAGUUAAAUAAAAAAUUAAGAUGAAAGGUUUUUGUUCGUUUCUGUUUUGGGUGCUUUUGGGCCUCUUCUGUUCCUUCGAGAUGCCCAUAACAGAGAGGCAUUCCUGUGAAGUACAUUAUCUUACCAUUUUUCAUAAUGAGAAAAGAGUAACUGUUAUUUUGA